AUGCUUAAAGCUAUAAGAUCUCGACGUAUAUAUAAAAGCGUUGUGUCAAGCACAAUUUGGCGUGGAUUAGCCACGUCCAAUAACGACACAACUGACUUCUCGCAUGCGAUCAUAGGGGGAGGAGUUGUGGGUCUGUCGAUAGCGUUUGAACUAAGUAAGGUAGCAGGAAAUCGUGUAGUUUUGAUUGAGAAGAACACAGCUUUAGGUAUGGAGACUUCGAGCCGGAACAGCGAGGUUAUCCACGCAGGUUUGUAUUAUCCACCAGACUCUUUGAAAACUCAGUUGUGUAUCGAAGGAACGAACAUCAUAUAUAAUGAGUUGACGUUUCCUGAGACAGGUGUAGUGUGGAAACGGUGUGGAAAAUGGAUCGUGGCUCAAAACGAAGAAGAGAUGGCUUACUUGGAGAAACUUUAUGAUAAAGCCUCAAGGCAAUUGGGUCUGCCUGUUGAGAUGAUAUCAAGCAGCAGAGCUGACCAGGAGGAACCCAACAUUAGGGUGAGAAAAGCUGCACUUGUUUCUCCGACCUCGGGCAUCAUUUCUUCACAUUCACUCAUACAGUAUCUAGCAACGCAUCUGGAUAUCAAUGGUGCUGAAGUGGCAAUCGGUACACAGCUAACCGAGAUGAGUUACAACCGCAACAGGGGCUAUAAUCUGCUGUGCAAAUCCGUGGUCGAUUCGUCGGGAGACGCGGUUGAAAUAUCCGUGGAAAACGUGGUUAACGCUGGUGGCCUUCAUGCGCAUAAAAUAGCUAACAUGCUUUUGCCAGAAGACCGUCACAAGCAGCAAUACUUGGGAAAGGGCAAUUAUUUUUCCUUAUCCGGUCGAGCGUCCUAUCCUGUGAAAAGGUUGAUUUACCCAGUCCCUCCCAAAAACAAACAGUCGUUGGGAACCCAUUUAACAAUCGACUUGGACGGAAAAAUAAGGUUCGGUCCCGAUCUUGAAUAUGUCAGCUCGCCCACAGAUUACGAAGUCAAUGGCAAUAAUUUGGAAAAUGCCGUGCACGCUAUUAGAGAUUACUACCCUCACGUCGAACCAGCUGAUCUUCAACCCGCGUACAGUGGCAUACGACCUAAGCUGGGUGGACCAUGCGACACCACUUUCGAAGAUUUUUACAUUCGGGAAGAGAAGGGGUUUCCAGGCUUCGUGAACUUGCUGGGGAUAGAGAGUCCAGGGCUGACCGCAAGCCUUGCCAUAGGACGUUACGUCCGUAAAAUAUACCAUGGAUGA